CCCUGAAGUAAACUACAACUUAUCAGUGAUUGUUUUAGUUAAUUUCUUUUAUUAAAAAGGUGAAAUUGGUUGUAUGAUGUUGCUCUAUCCAGUUGCUCUCCUACUGCUUGUUCAGGGUGCAGUGGCCCAGACCAGGUGUCAGUGUGCUGCAAUGGUAGAAGAUGACUACCUCAACCUCUCCCCAGUGCUAGAGUUAAUGGGUGAUGCUGACAAUGGCCCUUCCUGUGAUAACCAAGCUCUCAAUGACUGUGAGGACGCAUGUAUACUUGAGGGGGCAUUUGGAACCCAUCCUGCCCUAAACAUCAGUGGACUCAUAAACUAUAAAAAUGCAACUUGGACCAGAGGUGCUGCCUACUGUGAUAUGAUCAAUGACGAUGGAAAUAUCGUCAUAACGGACCCUCCAGGCCAAUUUGUUGAGGUAUUUAGUAGAAUUGAGGGAUGUGUUGGAGCUGAUUUCUGGUGGGUGACACUCCCAGAGGUCCAAGGUGAUGACGAACUGUGCUGCAAUGGUGCCACAUGGAACGAAAACUGUGUCUAGAGAUAUUCAAUCAGAAUAUAUAUUGAUACAGAUUGUUUUACUAUUAUGUGAAUUGAAAGAUAAUAGAUAUGUUAGUAAGAUUUCAUGCCAUUAAGUGA